UCAACCUAGUUUUAACUUUUAAGUUUUUAAAUAAUUAAAAAUGUUUAUUUACUACUUGUUUAUUUAAAAUCCAGUGUUUAAGAUAUUUUUAACAAAAUGGCCCUUAAAAAAGUAAAAGGUAAUUUCGAACGAAUGUUUGAUAAAAAUUUAGCAGAUUUAGUUCGGGGAAUACGAAAUAAUAAAGAGAAUGAGGCAAAGUUUAUUGCUCAAUGCAUCGAAGAAAUUAAAAUUGAAUUACGGCAAGAAAAUAUUGCUGUUAAAAGUAAUGCAGUUGCGAAAUUAACAUAUCUAGAAAUGUUGGGCUAUGAUAUAUCAUGGGCUGGUUUCAAUAUCAUUGAAGUGAUGAGCUCGAAUAAAUUUACCUUCAAACGUAUUGGCUAUUUGGCAGCAAGUCAAGCAUUUCAUUCUGAUAAUGAGUUAUUAAUGUUAACUACAAAUAUGAUUCGUAAAGAUUUGAAUUCUCAGAAUCAAUAUGAUGCUGGAUUAGCAUUGAAUGGUUUAAGUUGUUUUAUUAGUACUGAUUUAGCAAGAGAUCUAGCAAAUGAUAUUAUGACAUUACUAACUUCAACAAAACCAUAUGUGCGUAAAAAAGCUGUAUUAAUGAUGUACAAAGUAUUUUUAAAAUAUCCAGAAGCAUUACGUCCAGCAUUUCCACGUUUGAAAGAAAAAUUAGAGGAUCCGGAUCCAGGUGUUCAAUCGGCAGCGGUGAAUGUUGUGUGCGAAUUAGCUAGAAAAAAUCCAAAAAAUUAUUUAAGUUUAGCGCCAGUGUUUUUUAAAUUAAUGACAACAUCAACAAAUAAUUGGAUGCUUAUUAAAAUUAUUAAAUUAUUUGGUGCCUUAACGCCGCUAGAACCUAGGCUUGGUAAAAAAUUAAUAGAACCCUUAACAAAUUUAAUUCACAGUACUUCAGCGAUGAGUUUAUUAUAUGAGUGUAUAAACACAGUGAUAGCUGUAUUAAUAAGUAUUUCAACAGGAAUGCCAAAUCAUUCUGCUAGUAUUCAAUUGUGCGUACAGAAAUUGCGUAUACUUAUUGAAGAUUCUGAUCAAAAUUUAAAAUAUUUAGGAUUAUUAGCAAUGUCAAAAAUAUUAAAAACGCAUCCAAAAAGUGUACAAGCACAUAAAGAUCUGAUAAUGCAAUGUUUAGAUGAUAAAGAUGAGAGUAUACGUUUACGUGCAUUAGAUUUAUUAUAUGGUAUGGUUAGUAAAAAGAAUUUGAUGGAAAUUAUUAAAAAAUUGAUGCUACAUAUGGAUAAAGCUGAGGGUACAACAUAUAGGGAUGAAUUAUUACGUAAAAUUAUUCAAAUAUGUUCACAAAAUAGUUAUCAAUUUAUUACAAACUUUGAAUGGUAUAUAACUGUGUUGGUGGAAUUAACACAAAUGGAAUUUGGAUCAAAACAUGGUAACGCAAUUGCAAGCCAAUUAUUGGAUGUCACAAUUCGUGUACAAGCAAUUAGAAAAUUUGCUGUAAAUGAAAUGUCACAAUUAUUAGAAAUAAUAUCAAUAAACAAUCAAACAAUCUACAACAAUAUAACAUCAACAACAACAACAACAUCAUCAACAAUAAACAAUAACAACUCAACAAUUAUCGAAGUGUUAUAUGCAGCUGUAUGGAUAUGUGGUGAAUUUGCAUCCGAAUUAAAUACACCAGAAUUAACAUUACAAACAAUGUUAAAAUAUAAAUGUUUACCAGGACAUAUACAAGCAAUAUUUGUACAUAAUAUAUUAAAAUUAACAAUAUAUUUAAUUAAUAAAUAUCAUUUAGAAAUUGUUGAACAAAAAACUAUUAAUCAAUUAUCAUCUUAUGAUCGAAUAUUUGAAUUAAUUAACAUGGUUAUUGAUCAUUUAUUUAAUGAUUAUCGUAUUAAUAGUGAUUUAGAAGUACAAGAACGUGCUGAAUCAUCAUUACAAUUGUUAAAAAUUAUUUUAAAACAUUAUCAAACUUAUGUAAAUAAAAUUAUACCAAUGUCUGAUAAUAAUAAUACAACACAAAAUAAUGUUGAUAUAUUAACAUCAAAUACCGAUGAAGAAUUUAUGACUGAAAAUACUCCGAAGGAUGAAUUCAAACAAGAGAAUGAUAUUGUGGAUGAACAAGCUUUAAAAGAACAUCAAUCAUUUUUAAAUGAAAUUUUACAAUUAUUUGAUGGUGAAUUAAUGCCAGUGGCUGCUAAAGCUCAACGUAAAGUACCUAUACCAGAUGGCCUGGAUUUGGAUACAUGGAUAAAUGAUCCACCAUCAGAAUCAGAUAGCGAUGACAAUAGUACAGAUGAUGGUAUAGCAACAGAUGGCAUAUUUAUAAAAAACAAAGUUGAAAAUAAAUUUUAUCAAAAUGAACGUAAUCAACAACCGGAACCAACACCAGAAGAAAUUGAAAAAGUUCGCGAAGCUAGAAAAAUAGAACAAAUGUUAAAUCCAAAUUAUUUGAAAGGAUCAUCUAAAUCAUCCAAACAGUAUCAAAACUUCGAUAGCUUUAAUAAUGUACCACCAGUGGCUGAAAUUGACUUAAGUGUACCAUUACAAAUCACAGCAACAAAGAAAUCAGACAAAUAUUUACAAUUAGAUAAAUUAAACAAAUCAAAAUCGAAAUCAAAAUCAAAGAAGAAGGAAUCGAAACGUAAACAUAAAAAGCAUCGACAUAAAAAUAGUGAAGAUGGCGGUGAAUUAAUGAAAUCAACAUUAAGUAGUUCUGAUGAGAAUGAUGAUGAAAACAAUAGUGAUGAUAAUGAUAAUUAUGCAAAUUCAAAUUCAAUAAAUCCACACUUAGUAAAUACAACAAUUGAAAUGCCUGAAGGUGCAACACUGAGUGACACUGAUGAUAUUCAAGACGUUGAUGUCAAUGAUCCGCAUAGGGCACUUGAUAUUGAUUUAGACAUUCCAUUAAGGGAUGAUGAAGUAUUACCAUCCUUACAACAUCAUCGUGUUCGAGAUAAAUCAUCAAAAGAACAUAGCAAAUCAAAAUCAAAUAAAUUGCGUCACAAUACAAUCACAACGACUGAUGAGCAUAAUGUUAAGCAUGAACAGAAAAUCACGCUACGAAAAAAGAGUAGCAAAAAAAGUAGUAAAAGUAAGGAUAAUGAUUUGAUGGAAGUUGAAAGACCUUCAAAGAAAUCCUCAAAAACUAAAAAGAGUAGUAAAUCAACCGAUAAAAAUAUUGAAUCAAGUCGAAAGAAGAAAAUAAAAAAAGUUGAAUAUGAAGAAGCAAUUGGAAUAUCAACACCCAGUAAAGAAUUUCAAGAAUUAUAAAAUCAA